AUGGUAGAAGGACUAGCAAAUCGGGGUGUUUGGAAAGGGAAGGAGAAAGUUACAGAUGAUGCAGGUCCAUCCAUAGUGAAGUCUCCUUGCUGGAAGCCUCUUAGGUCAGGAUUUCUCAAUCUUAAUAUAGAUGGUGCUUGGGUAUCUUCAAAUGUUGGAGGAGGAGGUGGUGUUUUCAGGACUGUGAAAGGUGAAUGGAAUUUUGGAUACUCUAGUAAGUACAAUGCUCCAAAUGCUUUAGGUUCAGAGCUCUAUGCUUUACGAGAAGGUCUGAAUUAUGCAAGGGCUAUGCCUCUCCAAUUCUUGGAAGUGGAAACAGAUGCUGAACAGAUCAUGACUUUGCUUAACAGAGAUCACACGCAUAAUGAGCUUGUUGCGGUUAUCAUUGAUGUGGCUAGAUUGCUUAACAACAUGGAGAUGACUAUUAUAUUCAGUACUAUUCCCAGGGAGCCGAACAGCGUGGCACAUUACUAG